CCUCACCUUGCCUCAUGAGAGGCCCUGCCUUGCCCUGCCCCAAUGUGUUCAAUAGGACUUAUUCCCAGGUAACCGUGAAUGGCAGCAGCCUUAGGAUUGCAACAUACUGCUCUCCUUCCCCAUUUGUUUUUAACACCAAGAAGAGCUGCUGCAGUCCCAAACGCGGCCGAUAUUACGCAGGCACACGCUUGUGUUGCCUAGCCAUUUUUAUUUAUUUAUUUAUUUUAGGAGGAAGCCGAGUCCCAUUGAAAUCUCGAGGAACUGGGUAAACGCUUCGAGCCCACACCGCCGGGGAGUCUUGUGAUGAGUAACCAGCUCCAUUAAUGAUUCGCAGGGGGACGCGCCGAUCUCCGAGGGACCCCGAGCGGCGGCCAGAAGGCGCCAAGAUGGCGGCGCUGAGCGGCCGGGCGCGAGGGGCUCUCUGGGUGGCUUUACUGGCGCUGUGCGGGACUGUGCUGGCCCUGCUGGCCGUCGUCCUGGUCCGGACCUACGCCCCGCGAAACCCCGCGCCGGCUCCGGAGCUCUGGGCGCGGAGGAGCCGGCAGCAGCGCCUGGAGCCCUCGUUUAGUCCCCAAGAGCGGCGGGAGCUCAAAGAGGCGCUGCAAGGUAAACUCGACACAAGUCAAUAAAAUGGGUCGAGGGGCCGAAGACGGCGGGAGCUGCUUCCCUCAGAGUAAAAGUUGCACGGUCUCCUAAGGAAGAGGGUGCAGGAGGGGCAAAGCAGCGUUGCCGUUUGGGUAGGACUUCGGGGCACAGUUCGGCAGAAUAAGAAGAAGGGUCGCCAAACGUAGCUGGGCUGCACACUGCCUCAUUUUGAAGUAAAGUGCAUAAUACAAGUCAAACAUGGGAGCCUGGGGCUCCAGGGGUCGCUGCGGUUCCCAUCAUUGCUGACCAGCUUUUCGCGCUGGCCGGGGCUGCUGGGAGUUGGAGUUCAGUGGGUCAGACCCAUUUUUCCCUGUCAGAUCUGAACCUCAGUUGCACCGCUGGAGCCAAAACGGCGUGUCAGGGUGGGGCAAGUUUUUGUGAUAUUUCUGAAAGAGGAAUGACGGUAUGUUUCACAUGGACACCCCAUUCUCAACUUAUUUUCUCUUUGCUCGUUUUGAUGGGAGUAACCCUUCCAAGUAAAGCACGCUUAGGACUGCAGUCUCGUUUUAGCUUCCGGUUUAUGAUUCGGUUAUCAUACUUAUGGGGAAACAGCCUUUUCUUCAAGUUACUAAGGGGGUCCAGGAAGGGUUUGUGUGUGUUCAUUGUUAUUUCGAGGGGGGCGAGUUACCCUCUCGUGCUAUACUCGUAGGAGUUCUUAUUGACUGCAUUGUAGGGGGUUGGACUAGAUGACUUCUCUUCCAGCUCUACGGUUCUGUGAGUCUUCCCCCCUCCACCUUCAGCUACGCCUGCAAUUCUGUACACUUAUCUGAGAGUAAGUCCCAUUAAACUCAGUGGGACAAACUUCUGAAUAUACAUACGAAGGUUUGCAUACCAUUGUAGGGUAAUCUACAAUGUCUUUCUUUUGAGAUCCUUUAUUUGCCCUAGUUUCAACCAACCUAGUGUGUGUGGCUUGAGAAAGCAAAGCACUUGUGAAAAGGCAGAGCAUGGACUUGCCAUAGUUUCCGAGUUAAUGUGGGAAUCAAAAGAUUUGGUCAUGGUCAUGAUUUUUCAGCCAGCCGUCAAUUUGCUGUACUGGAACAGCCCCCAUAUUAACAUUAUAGUAGCUGAAUAUUUACUGUUCUUUAUACAGUGCUACCUCAGGUUACAUACGCUUCAGGUUGCAGACUCCACUAACCCAGAAAUAUUACCUCGGGUUAAGAACUUUGCUUCAGGAUGAGAACAGAAAUCGUGCUCCGGCAGCGCAGUAGCCGCAGGAGGCCCCAUUAGCUAAAGUGGUGCUUCAGGUUAAGAACAGACCUCCGGAACGAAGCAAAGUAACCCGAGGUACCACUGUAUUACACACAAAACUAUGGAAUCACAGCUUGCAUUCUCCUCUGCAGAGUGAACAAUAGGAUUCACAGACUCAGUGGUUUUUAGCACCACCACAGUGCAAAAACCUGGAUGCUCAUAUUUCUUACGGAUUCCCCCCAAAUACACCAUUAGAUCAUAGGGUUGUAUAAAGUAGACCCAUUGAAAUUAAUAGACAUGGCUAAUUUAGGUUUUUUAAUUUCAGUGAGACUGCUCUGGGUAGGAUUAUCAUGAGCUACAACCCAGUGCAGUGCAGUGCACUGUAAAAAUUGUGCAUCCAUCACUUUCUGCAAUAAUGCAUUCCGUUAUACCCAGUUGUGGGAUGCUACUUAAGGCCUUUCCCCCAGGAAAAUUCACUGUUUACUGCUGGAUUGGAACAAACAUCAAUCGGUUUUUCUGCAAAUUGACAUUUGUUCCAAUCCAGUGCUAAGCAGCAGGUUUCCCCAGGGAAAAUAGGGAAAACUAAAAACCGCUUGGACUUGUGUGUAGAAAACACUGGACAAGCAGAAAACUUCUCAGACUUGUGCUUUCUAGGCACAGAACUGUGGACGAAUCCUUAGUUGGACUAUCCUUUGUGCUUUCUUGCACAGCAGUACAUGAUCAUUGGGCAUAUUGAGUAUUUCUAGUGUGUAUAACAUAAAAUCAACAGAUUUGUGGUUCAUGCCUGAGAAGUGAGCUGCUUGAAGACAGGGUGGUUUUGCAUUUAUUUUGUUUCCCAAUAUGUUUCUUUUAAAGGUUUGAUUUUAUCUACAUAUAGUUUGUUGCAAUGGCAUUGGAUUGUGUAAACAAUAUGUUAUCCUUCAGUCUACCCAUGCUUGUAUCUUACGGUUACAAGAAAACAACUUAGGAGGCUUGUUUGCAGUAUACAUAUGGUUUCUGUAUGGGAAAUAGCCAUGUGGGAGGAGCCUGAUAGUGAGGACGUGUGUCUUUUCUGUUUAGCCAACCCUUGAUAUUUCUAGUUAUCUUGUUCUUAAUGAUAAGCUUAUCUUUUUAGUCAAGGUACAUUUAUUAUCUACUGCCAAUGUCAAUAAGUUCAAUCUGGUCAUUAUGCUAUGAAUAUACCAGAACUCUGGAGGUUUUAUUUAUUUUGAAUAUUCAUAUGCUAUUUAAGAAUUUUGCAAAUCCAGAGUCACGUACUAAAAAUCCAACUAGCUAAAAGAAUAAAUAUGUACAAUUUAAAUAAUCAACCACAGUUGGUAGAAGCAGAAUGAAAUACAGAUCAGAUCAAAAUCAGACAAAAAGUCAGAACUACAGAUUGCAUAUUAAAAACAUUGGAGCUUUUUUAGUUGCAAAUGUGCUAUCUAAAUGAUGGUGAUGAUGUUGGUGCCUCAUGGAUCUGUAUGACAAGGAUGUCUUACACACAUGACACAGCCACUGAAAAGUCAUUUUCCAAGUCACCAUCUAACUAGCUUCUGAAUGUGAAGGCACCUGGAGCUUGGACUCCAAUGCAGAUUUGGGCAAGUUCAUGUGGGCAUUUUCAUAUAAGAAAAAUCAUUUCUUUGGGUACUCUUGUCCCCCAGCUGUUUAAGCAUUAAAGGUCCCGCCUUUUCUCUCUCUUCAUCAAACUGACUUCAAUUUGUGCAGCGUCAGUAUGUCUACUAGAUUAUAAACCUUUCUGGCAGCUCUCUGUCUAUUUUAUUUAUUGUGUAGUAGUCAGUGGAAUUUUAAACACACAAUAAAUAAUAAGAUGGCAUUUUAUAGUUCCUGAUCUUCCUGUAUUUAAGUACCUUUGAAGAAUGUUGAUUUGUUGAGCUGUUGAUGUAGAAUUUAUACCAUGUAAUUGUGGGAAAACAAGUUAGUUUCUGAAGUCACAAAUGCAAUGAUGAAAUCAGGUGGAAAAGGUAUUCAUUUCUUCAAAGUAAAUGUUUCUGUCUCAGGCUUCUUCAUAGAGUCACCGAUGGUAAUUCUGGAGAGCAAAAUUAUAGCCUGUCUGCAUUUUGUGACUUUAGCCUUUAGCCUUUUUCUUUGUUGCUCACUGAAAUUUGGUGCUUCUACUUUUCUGGCUGCCUGUCAUACAGCGCUGUUCUCCGUUUAUUUGCUCUUUGAAUGUCUACCAAAAACAUAUUAAUUUUGUUCGCAUCAAUCAGUUAAUAUAUAAUGUAUCUUUAUUGUUGUUGUUAUUAUUUAUCAGUCACUUUAUUCACAGAGGUGAGCCAAAGCAACUUACAACAAGAUAUAAACAUUAAAACCAAUUACAGUACGAUUGCAUCUAAUGCAGGGGUUCGGUUCCAAGAGUUCUGCGUAUACACAAAAACGUGUUUACUCAAUCCCUUGGAACCACCCACAGACAUCUCCAGCCUUCUUGAGCCAGCACACUCAGCUUGCCUUUCCCAGUAAGCAAGGCUUUCAAAUUUAUUUACACACUGGGGAAACCUUGCAUAUGAGUCAGUUCACAUGGGGUCCUUGGGAUAUUGCAGUUCUGAGCUGUUUAGGGCUUUAUAGGUAGCCUAUUAGUUGGCAUUAUAUGCUCAAACCAUCUUGCCCCAGUGAGCAACCUGGCUGCUAAAUUCUGCACCAGCUGAAGUUUCUGAACCUUCUUCAGAGGCAGCCCCAUUUAUAACACAUUGCAGUAAUCGAACCUAGAGGAUACCAGAGCAUAGACAACAUAAGUUAGGGUAUCCCUGUCCAGAUAGGGGUGCAGCUGGGCCAUCAGCCAAAACUGAUGGACGAUACUCUGUGCCACUGAGGCCACCUGAGUCUCAAGCAACAGCAAAGGAUCCAGAAGUACCCGCAAGCUGCAUACCCACUCCUUCAGAGGAAGUGUGACCCCAUUAAGGACAAGCAGCCUCCCAUCCAUCUGGUCUAAGUAACCACUCACUAACUGUGCCUUAGUUUAUCUGGAUUGAGCUUCAGUUUGUUGGCUCUUGUUCAGUCCAUUGCCAAGGCAAGACAUCAGUCCAGCAUGUCCACUGCCUCACCUGCAGAUGUAAAUGAGAAGUAAAACUGUGUCAUUGGCAUACAGGUGACAACAUACUCCAAAACUCUGGAUAACCCCACUCAGUGGUUUCAUGUAGAUAUCAUAUAUAGGUACAUAUGAUCCAGGACCCUGCCAAUGAAAUCAUGUGCAUUGGGGGUGGGGAUAGGGUGCAGACUCCACUUCAUUCAUUCGUAUUACUGUCUAUAUGAAAAUGAAAUGUGAUACAAGAUGUACAGACAUCUUCUUGCUUAAUGGAGUCUGGGGAUCUCACUCAGCCACUUGAUCAGGGGCACCAUUUGCACAUCUAAAUGUGUGCAAUGCACUCAUUCAGCAAUGCAGCAGACUCCAGACCCAGUUGCCAUUCACAAUAUUCUCAGAAAUAUUGUAACUGGGAAUGACAUUUGCAGGCUCUGUCAGCCGACUGGUAGUGGCACUUCUAAUCCUUUGAAUAGGCAUCUUGACAGCCUUUACAUUAUUUUGCAGGGAAGGAGAGUUUAUCGCAUUGCACUGUUGUUUUAAUAAUUGCCUGUCUGAGAAAGUCACGAAAUCUCUUCUUUUAUGUUUUAUGUAAGGUGCCAUCAGAAUGCAAACAGUUUCCUUCUCAGCAAAUGAUCAAAAUACAACAGCCCUGGCAGAAUUUGAGCCAUAUAUUCGUAAAGGUAUUUGAACUUAAAUUCCUUCUUUUAACUAGCAAAUGGGCAUUAACUUAAUAGAGUAUCUAAUCUUUGUGUCGUAAAAGAAGAGCCUUUAUCGACAAAACUAAAGUACUAAGCUGACAAAAAUGUGAUUUAUUAUUGAGUAGAAUGCAAAUUAAUGAACCGAAGCAACUGUGGAACUAUUUACAAUUGUAAAUAAAUCCUUCUUUUUUUAAAAAAGUAUUUAUAUCUUUGUGAUAAAUUACACAAAAGGAUUGCAUCUAAAUGGCAGAGUGUGCUUUGCUUACGGAACAUGCCAGUACAAACCCUAGUAUCUCUGUGUAGGCCUGGGAAAGACCUCUGUCCCCAUGUGAAGACCUUUGAGCACUUGACAUAUACUCUUAGUGUGGUAAUAAAUGCAGGAGCUACAGUUGUUAUGCAAGAGUAGAUUAAUGUAGUAUGAUUUUGGCCUUAUACGUUUUAUGGUCAAUACCAGUCAAACAGGUAAAAUUACUGGGUUCUCAGAAAAGAUUGAAAUUAUAUGAAGAGUGGCUUUCAUUGUUUCUGUUGUUUGUUUCUUUAUUUAACAAUUUGAAUACAGUGUUGUUGUUGUUAUAAUUUACUUUAUCCUUUUGUUUGCUUUAAACUCUGUUCCUCCACCCCAUAGGGUGGUGGGACCAGCAAGAGAUGUGUGCUAUGCCUUUCCUCAUCCUUCAGUUACCCAUUUUCUGAAAUAUAUCAGCCAUUAUAAUAUACCAACUGUUGCACUGAAUACCAAAGGUUAAUAUGUCCCCAUUGAUUUGUCCAAUCCUUAACCUCAAACUUUGGAGGAACCCUUGCUAAUUUUCUUUCCCUUCUGUUUUUCUUCCCUGAAGCCUUUCCUGCAGUGUUUUCUGCAGCAUUCAUUAAACAUGAAGUUAUUGGGGAAUAUAGCCACCUAUUCACCAUCCAGGGGUCUAACGCUCAGCUGCAGCCCUACAUGCUGCUUGCACAUAUAGAUGUUGUUCCAGCUUCUCCAGACGGGUGGGACGUCAGUGACCCUUUCUCUGCUGAGGAACGUGAUGGGUUUAUAUAUGGAAGAGGAACACUUGAUAACAAAAACUCUGUUAUGGUAUAUGUAUUUUGUAAAUGUACCUCCCUUUGCAGGGUGGGUGGGGUGCAAAGUGUUUGUCCCACAAAGUUUAGCAUGCCACAUUAAUGAUGGUUCACUGGUUUAAUGCUGUACUGUUUUUAACAUUUGAUUGGGAGCCGCCCAGAGUGGCUGGGGAGACUCAGCCAGAUGGGCAGGGUAUAAAUAAUAAAUUAUUAUUAUUAUCUGUUCACAGUGUGAGGAGAAGCAUUCCCAUUAUUCCUAUUAUUAUUAUUAUUAUUAUUAUUAUUAUUGUUAUUAUUAUUUUGCAAGCUAAACAUAAAUCAGUGCACUUUAAAAAGAACCUUUUAGCCAUAUGAGUAUAUUUUGCUUUGCUUUAAAUUGAUGACUUAGUAUACUAUUUCUGUGGACACCAUUGGGCCAAAGGUUGUCCUGAAAGUAGGGAGAGAAGGAAGGAGGUACAGAAGGCCAGUGGGCUGCUGCCCCUGACAAUUGGAAAUCAAGAAGAUGAUAGGAACCUGGCAACUGGUUCCAGAGGGAGCAGCCAGCUGGAUAAAGUGCUGCAGCCUGAAAGUCAGCAAGCAAAGCAAGAACUGACUACCAGAGCUCAUACAGAAAGUUCAGUGUGCACUACUUUCAUCUAGUAAACCACUUUCCAAGGCACAGGCCUUUCCCCAAGACAGUUUCCUCCAUUUUCUUCCAAAGAACAGGCUAAAUAGAUGCUCCAAAGCUUCUGCAUACAAUUUUUUGAAAGCGUUAUUUAUUUUUUUAGCUCUGUGAUUUGGACUUUCCCACCUUGAUCUAUAAUCCCCUCCCAGUCAACUGACAAAGUUAAGUUUCAUACAAUUAAAUGGUGUUUUGGUUCAAUCAAAGGUUAGUACAAUGCCAUUGGAUUCUCAAAUCCCACCCUCUAAUCUGGGGCAAAACCAGUCCUUCAUGCUUCCCCACAACAGUUGCUGUUAAUAUGGAACAGGUUCUAUAACCAAGAUGCGAAAUAGACAGUGUUUAACAUUUUAUUUUUUAUUCCUCAGGGGAUUCUGCAUGCUCUAGAAUUCUUACUGAGACGAAAUUACAGACCUCACAGGUCUUUCUAUAUUGGCCUUGGGCAUGAUGAAGAGGUAUUCUAUGUGUCUUUAAUUUCCCCCGUAUUUAUUUAUUUUAGAUUUAUAACUCAUUCCAGAGGCUGAAACAGUAGAUACUGAACUUGAGUGGGUCAGCCUGCUGCUCUUUUUACAUGGAGACUCCUUAACGGUGUUGUGCUGUCCUGAUAAAAGGUUUUCCAUGCACUGCAGUGGUAGGUGCCUAUUGACUAGUCAACUGUCGACAGCAUAGGAAUAUGGAUUUUGCUUUGCAUAGGCGGAAGAAUGUGUAUUUUUUGUGUUGUUUAGCAUUACAAUUCUGUAUCCAGCCCUACACUGCCCCCAAUUUUUUUAAAAAAAGUUUUGAGGGUUAGGAGCUUGUCUUCACUGCGUUUACAAUUUGAUGUAAUAAUAGAAGCUAUUAUAGAAGCUAUCCAUAAACAAAUAUGGAUUUGUUAUUAGAGUUUGUUGGAUUAUGUUACUUGUACUACUUGCAUUGCAUAAAAUUGAGUAUGUUCUAGCCCGGGCUGGGGAACUUUUUUGACUCUGGGUGCCAAUUCCUCAUCAGGAUUGGCUUCAUAUGCCAAAUGUGGCAGGUGGGUGGGGUUGCUGACCUGUCCAAUAGCACGACAUCACAUAUUGGCAGGUGAGCAAGGCCACUUGCCUGUCAAAAUCCCUCCUGCGGCUUUGUAAGUCUCCCUUGCUUCCCAUUUAAACCUAGUGUCAAGGGUUUAAAAGAUAAACACGGGAAGACUUGCACAGUGCCCUUGGAAGCAGCCUGGAGGGUGCUUUUGCCAAGUGCUUUAAGAUGCUUUUGCCUGCAAGACAUACCUCUCCCCUCCCUUCCUGUCACUUGUCAGAGAAGGCAGGAAAAGAGGUGGGUUUUGCAAGCAAAGGAGGGGAUUACUCCAGUUCUCUGCCUUUGCUUGAGACUGGGAAGACUUGCAAAAGACUUGCAAGUUCUCCUUCUCUUUUAAAUGCCCAGUCCUGUGCUGAACUCAGUCCCAUCUUUAACAGAGAAUAUUUCCCCUGCUGGAUAAAAGAUUGCACAGGCAAUACAGGAUUAAACCCUGGCCUUCCGCCCAUCAGCUGACAUCACCAGUAAUGUCAGCUAAUGGCUGGGUAGACAUGGUUUGGUGAAACAACCCUGGUGGGCCAUGAUUGGCCUGGAAGCUGGAGGUUCCCUAACCUUGUGUUAGCCUAAUGGCUGCUACACUUGAGGAAUUAUGUGCCACAAUUUACCUCUUGAGUGCAGACCUAUAGCAAGAUUCAGCAAGUAAUAUAUUGGAAUGAAAUUAGUUCAUUAGGUGCAAGGUUAAAUGGUUUGGAGCACCACACAUCAAUUGCUCUCUCCAGUAGAAGUGUGUGUGUAUAUAUUUAAAACCUGUAUAGCAGUUGUCUUUUUCCACUGAAGCACUGGAUGCUUAUUGCUGCCUGAGACAGAAUGAGAUGACAUUUGGUGAGAUGACUUUGUUGUGGGCUUUUCAGGUGGGGGGUGGAAAAGGAGCCAUGAAGAUUGUGGCUGAAUUGGAAUCUAGAGGAAUUCAACUUUCUUUCGUGCUUGAUGAAGGAAGCUUCAUCUUUGAUGGUGUUGUCACUGGAAUAGAGAAACCAGUAGCUUCGUAAGUAAGAAAUGAUGAGAACUUUCCACAAUAAAUGCAGUUGCUGCUCUUGUUAAACAAUUGGGAGUCAAACAUUGUUCCUGAUCUACUUGGAGUGUGUGGAAUCAACAAUCUAAGUAAAUCUUCACCUAAGUUUUGCCUAUCCAUGCUGUUGAGCAGGGCCAUCUUUACCUGGGGGUGCAAGAGGUGUGGGGCACCUGGGCGCUGAAUUCUGGGGGGCACCAGGUGCCCACCGCUGAAGCUGCCUAAGCUUUAAUUAUCUACCUGCUAUGAAAUAAUAAAUAAUUUUGAUCAAGCUAGAAAAACAAAAUACAUAUAAUAUAUACCUAGAUAUUACCGAAAUGUAUACCUACUAUUUCACUAAAGGACUUUCGACUAUGUGCGCUUAUUUACCAAAGAUGCGCUGCGCCAGCAGUGGCACUUGUCAGAUUCAAUGGCGCUUGUCAUUCACAACCGCGGCGCUUGUCAAACUCAAUGACAGCACUUGUCAUUCUCAAUGGCACCGUGCAUGCGAAAUUAACUCUUACAUAAAAAUAUUAUGUUACGUAUUGUAUUGAGCUGCUAUGCGGCAGCGGGGUCAGUGGCACCUUUGACACGAUUGAUCUCAUGCCACCUGCCUGCCAGUCAUGUCAAAGGUGCUGCUGACUCUGAGUGAAACAUUGCAAAUUGAAUUUAAUUUCAUCACUUACAGUUCAAAUUCGUAUAGAGAAAUUGUUUUUAAAAAUGUUUAUUUUUGCUAAUUGUCAGCAUUUUCUUUGACUAACUACUUAGGGCUCUACUACACAUGUGUUUCAGCACGUGAUUUUAGUUUUCCAUUUCUGCAAAAAUGAGCCUAGAGCGCACUAUGAAUUCUAAACUAAAUUUGGGGGCACUGGGUGAAUCUUUGCACCCCGGCAGUGCAUAUGCUAAAGACAGCCCUGCUGUUGAUUAUUACAAAAGUAUACUACGCCUCAUCUUCUUUUAGGGUCAGUAUAACUAACCUGUGUAAUGUCUCAUUGGAAUAGCCCCCCAGCUAUAGAGUACUAAGUGCUAGUAAACAGGUCCCAGUUUAGGAUUGUUACCACUUCCUCUUCCUGGGCACUACUGCUGAAAGAGGAAUGGUAGCUGAGCGAUGGAGAAAAUUGAUCUUGGGUAGGUGUGGGGUUUUCCAGAGCUGAGGGAGCCAAAGGGACAUUGACAAGGGGUCCUACUGUGCUGCAUGGCAUAGCAGGGAUGUCAAAAUGGUUGUCUAACUAGAAGAUAGACGGGGGAAUUCUUACAUCCUGAAUCUAAAUAAUUUAUUUCCCCCCAACUUAUCAGAAUAGGUAUCACAGAAAAGGGUGAAAUUACAGCAAAUUUCACUGUGACAUCAGAGCCUGGUCAUUCUUCUGCACCACCUAAGAGGACAAGUAUUGGCAUUCUUUCUGAAGCAUUAGCCAAGUGAGUAUUUUCCUUUCCUGGUAAUAGUGAAAUCCUAUACCUGUCUAGUUAAAAAUAAGCUCCAUUCUGAUUGUAGCCUAGAGAUGUUACAUAAAUUAUUUUGCUCUGUAGUACCUUCAGUUGCCAGUUCAAUAUUUCAGAAAUAAGGGACGCUAAUGGUUAUAGAACACUAUGUUGGACUGAGUGCUCACUGGAAGGACAGAUCCUGAAGCUGAGGCUCCAAUACUUUGGCCACCUCAUGAGAAGAGAAGACUCCCUGGAAAAGACCCUGUUGUUGGGAAAGAUGGAGGGCACAAGGAGAAGGGGACGACAGAGGAUGAGAUGGUUGGACAAUGUUCUCGAAGCUACGAACAUGAGUUUGACGAAACUGCGGGAGGCAGUGGAAGACAGGAGUGCCUAGUGUGCUCUGGUCCAUGGAGUCACGAAGAGUUGGACACGACUAAACGACUAAACAACAACAACAUGGAUAUUUAAGUCACAUGUUCUCCUUAUUUAAGUGUGCAAAUCAUCUGAGGAGACAAACCUGUUUGUUGAAAUCUACCAGAAUGCUAAAUGGGGCUGCUUUUGCCGCAGCCCAAGAGUUAUGGAGCUCCCUCCCAAACAAAAACUGCCGGUGCCUACAGACUUUUAGAAGGCAAUGCAAAUGCUUUUUAAAAGCAUAUUUAGAAACCUGUUGCAGUAGAAUGUGUAUGUAUGGUUUUAUAAUACAUACUGAUGAUAUAGUGGGGAAGGGGUUUAUGUGUGCCUUUAUUGAGGGAGGGCUUAGUUUGAUUUUUAGAAAACCUACCACCAGCAUUUGUGAUGAGCCUGGAACUGUUGCACAUUUAGAUCCAGCCAUGGGGACCUUCCAGCAUCUUGCCAUACAUUCUGUUUGCUGAAGACUGUUCCUGUUCCUCGGUAUAUGGAUAAAUGUUGGUUUUGCAUGGGAAAUGGACAGUAAGAAAACAGUGCCUCACAUAAUGUUGAAAGCACACUGCAGUGGUCUUUUACCGUCCUCCAUUCAGAUUGUGACAUGAUCUCUUCCCAGUUUAAACACGAAAUAAAUCAGAUUUAUAGCAUAUCUUCCCGAGAAUUUCCUCUAGCUUUCAAAUUAUCACUGACUCAGCUUCUGUUUUGAAAUCUAACAUCAUCAUGAUACUUAUCUGUAGCAGAAACUAAAGUAGCAAUUUUAAGAUGACUAAGACAUUGCAGACUUCUGCCUAAAUUCAUGAAUCAAAGUAAUAGGAGUGGAGCCUGUUUAUUUUCCGUCUUGCAUUUGAUUGUUACAGUCAGAUAGCUGUUUGUUGUUAUAGGUUGGAGCAGCAUCCCAUGCCCAAUCUGUUUGGUCAUGGGCCUGAAAUCCUGAUGUUUGAGCAACUGGCACCAGAUGUAAGUAUUCAACAAUAUGCACUCUUUCAUGUGAUUUCAGUGAAGUGACCUUAAAUUUUCAGUGUUAACAUUAGAUUUCUUAUGAUUUUCUAAACUUGUUGCUAGUCAGAGUUUUAGAAUUUUCAGAGUCAUUCCCAAUUGAUAGAGUUCAUAGCAACUUUCCAUUCCUCGCCCCCCCCCCAACAGGUUUCAUUCUGCCACAGCGGCUCAGUUCCCACAUAACAUCAAAGCCUCGUUUACAGUUAUAGUUCUCAUGUACUCCCACAAUCUCAAACCCUUUCUUCAGUUUCUUCCUACUUUGAUCAAACCACAGUUUGUCAUUAUCUGAGCAAUCAAACUAUUGUGGGGGAACCUCCGUUUUGGAAUGUAAACCAUUCCAGAAGUCUGUUCAACUUCCAAAACGUUCAAAAACCAAGGAUCAAAGGGUUGUCAGCAAGUUCAAUGGGGAAAAUUGAGAAACAUGCCUUGGAAGCCAUCCGACUUCUGAAGCGCGUUCGAAAACAGAAGCAUUCCCUUCCAGGUUUUUGGUAUUUGGCUUCUGAAAACUUUCAGCAGCCGAGACAUUCAAAAACCAAGGUUUGACCGUACUUUUCUUCAAACCAGGGCAACUUUAAACUGUUGUUUGGAAGGCAAGCACAAGCUAUAGUAUGGCAGUUUGAAUUAAACAGCAAAGUAUACUUUGAUCCAACUGGAAACUCACUGAAGCAUGGGGGUGUAGAGUUAGCAUGGGAGUCAUUCCCAUACUGCUGAAUCAUGCUUUGUUACUUGGAGCAAGCUAAUAUCAGCUACUUGGUGGAAAGGUUGUUCAAUAGGAAAGUUGUAUUGCAUUGGAAAGCUUCAUUGCAGUUGCUUUUUGUGUAACUUGUCCAAGGUCAAUGCCACAAGCUGCAUCCUAGAUCCACUGGUGGAGGAAGAGGGGUGCAGGGGGAGCGCACCACCCCCGGCAGCGCGAUCCCAGUGGGGUGCCUUCAUGGCUGCCUCCUCUCCCGCGCUGGGCGCCACGCCCCCAGAACGUGCACAAACCCCGCCCCUGCCUGCUCUCCGCUCCCUGGUGCUGGAGCAUGAAGCUCCACCACUGCCUGGAUCUCUGACGGGCUGUGCUUGCAACCCUAUCCUUGUAGAGUUAUUGGUUUGAUCCAGAACUUCACAAACUUUUCCCUUCUCCUACGUGUUGCUUCUAUGUGCACAGUUCUCUUCCUGCCCCCUACCCACACAGCUCUUCCAUUGGCCUGUCUCCUGCAUACAGGAAAGUUCUAAAGUGCACUUAGAAGACUACUUCAACAUGGUUGUUUUUUAAAAAAAUGUUAAAUCAGAAGAAACCAUUCUCUUAAUCCAGACUUGCUGAUGUGUACUGCUUUUCUCCCCUUUGCUUUUCAGUUCAGCUUCCCUCUAAAUAUCAUUAUGUCAAAUUUGUGGCUGUUUGGACCACUUGUUGGAAGGUAAGGAAGAAACAUGAUAUUUCGUCACAUUUUUAUUACAGCAACAAGAGCUUUCCUAUGCUGGGAUACCGCAGGAGAGCAUGCUGUCACUACACGAUUUUUAAAAGCAUUUUUCUUAAAAAGUUUGCAAAAUAAUAAGUCCAUGAGGGUGUGGGGAGGUGCAUAUCACAAGCACAAACAAUAUUUAGUAAAGUGCCCACUUCAUGAAGCAAUUGCAAAGAAAUGAAUGGACAGUGGUUAAAAUGCAACCAUACUCUUAAAUGCAACCUCAAGGGAAGAUGCACAAAAAAUGAGAAACAAAUGUGCAUUUAUUGAUUUAAAAUAUUGGUAUUGACUUAUGGAAUGCAGAAUCCUACACUAAUUUACUUCUGAUCUCUAAGAACUUUGUGUCAUCUAAAUCUUUACACAGAUUUCUUGAACAGACGCCUACCACCAAUGCCUUAGUUCGGACUACCACUGCAAUCACUAUGUUUCAUGCAGGAGUCAAGGUACUGUAGUACGAAUUCAUUGGAUUUUCCAUAAAGUGUAAUGAAGGUCUAAAUUUCUCAGAACUACAUUUUCAGCUUUCAAUAUUACUAGUACCAGUGAAUUAUAGGAAUACAAAUCCGUUUCUCCUCCCAUGCUGAAUAUUCACUGCUGGCAUCGUCCCAUGAACUAAGAAUGUCAAUUCGAUUCAUGCCCUCUUAGUAUGGGAUUUGUUAUUGAUGGUGGCUUGUCCUCACAAUGGCUUAGUUUCUAGAACUAGUAGAGCAGAAAGCUUUCGCUUCAGUCAGUCCCUGCAAGAGGGGAGUUUUACUAAAAUAGAACUUCAUGAUCACAGUAUUUUAGCUCCUAUGGCAAGUUGGUGAGAGAGCCAUUCCAUACAUUUCAUAGCAAGAAACCUGGUUAGCUGUUUGGUGCACAUCACCCAGCCAGUCAGUGUUCUCUUUAUCAAUGUUUCUGUACUGUAAUUGAAACUGUUAUUUGUAACAUCCACACUUAGCAUUAACAGGUGUAACCUUAAAAAACUUGCACAUGAGGUCCCCAAAAUGUAACAGAGGAAGAGCUCCUGAGCUUGCCAAAACAGUGAAAGUGGUUUGUUAGUGGCUUUUACUUGGUGUGAUAGUUAAAGAGUGACACCCAGAGGUGGACUGAGAUACAGUAGGCUUUGCUUUUAUCAUUUUUAUGUUGCUUUAAAACUGUCUCCCAAACGACACAUGAUGGUGACAAAGCUGUGUCUUUAAAUGGAGGUCUGCCUCAAUCAUGUGUGGCAUGCAGGUAUUUGGGUUAAAUCACAAAGGGGGUGCAUGAGGAGGUGGCUGAACCCACAUCCCUUGUUCCCAACUGCUUUACUCUCAGGUGGGCUCACUUGUGAUAUUGGAAUCUGGAAGGUGGAAAAUAGUAACUUUGGGUGGUGGAGGGGUGAACUGAGGAGGAAUGUGCACCUGCAUGUAACUUCCUUAUGCACCUUAAAGCCACAUCUCCCCUAUUUUAUGCAUGAUUAGAUCAGGCCCAUAUUUAAAGAGACAGAUCUGUUCUCAAGUAUAGCUGUGCCGUGUGGUUCCAACUGCCCUGUGUAAAUGCAGUAGUACAGUGUACUGUAUAGCAAAGAACAGAUCUGUAUAGUUAAACUGAUUAAUUAAAGCUUCAUGUUUUAAAUAACUUUUAGCAACAAGUCAUAAUGAAACUGGAUUAGUCAUUAUACACUUUUUGCAACGAGUUUGAUUGUUGCUUCUAAAAAUAUUGCGAUAGCACUAUGUACUUUUUACAUUACAUUUAUAAUUGAAGGCAUAGUCAUUUCACCAUUCAAAAAAAUUGUACAUUUUCAUUUGCCAUGCAUUCCUCACCUGGUAAUGUGAUCCUCCCUCAAGAUAAAGCUGCACCUUCCAACAGCCCUUUGAGAGGAUAAGGGGGAAAGUCAGUUUAGCACACACUCCUUGGUCAUGCUUUCAAAUACUGAGAUAUGAGCAGCUCCCAUCUUUUCUCUUCUUUCAUUCUGAAAUUUGGAAAGUAGACCCAAGCCUUUCUUGUAUGACGGAGGAGAUGCCAGUUGUACAUGUACUCAUUUCAGCAGGCACUUGGGUCCAUGCAUGGAUGAACUGAGUAAAGCUCGGGCCUGCCCACCUUUUUCUAAAAUAAGUGAGCCUUUCACUGCCACACAUCAUAGGUCAGUGCUGCAACAAAUGCAUGCAUGUCUAAUGCAUCCCUAGGUUGUCAAGGAGGAAAAGCAGACCUUCAUUCAGUGGCUUAAGCAAAGAACAUGAACAGUGACACUUUAGGCAAGAAUUACCUUCGCAUAAAUAUAAUUUUGCAAGGCUGAAUUAAUAUUGAGGACUGUGCAUUGGCUUCAGAAAUUACUGGUGAAAUUACCUUGGUUCUGAAGCUCAUAUUUUAGACUGUGGUUUGUUGUCACAUGUUUAAGCCCUCUCUCUUUCUCUUCUCUCCAGUCAAACGUUAUUCCCCCCUCUGCAAAUGCAACUGUGAAUUUCCGCAUCCAUUCGUCACAAACAGUUGAUGAGGUAUUUUAUUUAUUCUGAAAAGUUUGUUAAAUUAACAGGUUAUUGUUUCUCUCCCCCCACCCUCCCUGGCCCUCAUGUUUGGCCAGGAGACUUUAGAAAGUUUAAUAAUUGGUAUGUCUAUGGUUGUGUUCCUUUUUGCAGUUAAACAUGGUUUCCCAUUCAAGAAACUUCUGAACUGGCUUGUCAUCUUUUUCUGUAUUUAUUUAAUACAGCAAAAGUGAUUGGUACAUUGGGGAUGUAUCUUUGUUGAAGGGGCCUAAAGGAAGGUCUUUUGAGGCAGUAACCCCAAACUGAAUGCUUUUUAACUCUACCUAUCCCAUUGUGUAACAGGAAAGCAGACUUCCACAAUGAGGUCCCAAAAGGUUCCUGUCCUGAUUGUGCAUCUUUAGUUGGUUUGCAAAGUGUUACUUAAGAGUUUGCAAUCUGUGCUAAUACCAUAAUGGAAGUCACCUUGCUACUUUAGCUCCUUUGUUCCUUUGGGUGUGUUCUUAGGUCCUGGGCAUAGUAGACAAAACAAUUGAUGACAAGAGAGUAAAGAUAGAAAUGGAAAGUGCCUUUGAUCCACUCCCAGUGAGCCCCUGGGACGACCAGACCUUUGGAGUACAGGUUUUCCGCCAGACCAUCCAGGAUGUUUUCCCAGAUGUUGGCAGUGUAGCUCCAGGUACUGGCAAAUGCAUUAUUACUGUUUUCCCCUUCUGUUUCCACCUAACAACCUCUACUUUGUUUUCAUUUUCUGAGUAUUCUCUUUCUAUUUUAUCCCCUUCACCAGGUACGUGCGUACACACACUCACUAUUAAUGACUGGAAACGCUUGUUUUCCUCUCUUUCUGACCUAAGAUGGUGGUCAUUAAAAAAAAAAAAAAAAAAAAGUCAACAGGAAACUGGCAAUCAGUGUACCUCAAGUUUUUCAGGUUUACAUGGGGCUGAAACCAGGCUAUAUAUUUUCUUCUUUUAGAGCAGCUCCGUUGUUGGACUGCCCUUAAUAACUUCAUUCUGAUCCAAUUCAAAGCUACCAAUUAGCUCUGCAGUCUGUUUCAAAAUGUCUGCUUAUGUAAAGAGUUAACAUUUAAACAUGGCAAUGGGCACAGUUUUUCUGAAAUGUAUAGCUGUCUUCCAUUGCUCCAAUAAAUAAAAGGCGGAAUUUUCAAAACCUCCUAAGGAAAAGUAAGGCAGAUAGCUUCCAGUGCCACUCAAAGGAAGCUAGGAAUCUAAUUCCUGAAGUCUGUGAUGCUAAUGCAAUAUUAACUUCAACACUACCAGUUUUAAUUUUUCAAAAUACUGAUUUCUCCUCCAGGUAUAUGUGUUGGUAACACUGACAGCAGACACUUUGUCAACCUUACAAAUGCUAUUUAUCGAUUUAACCCAGUGAUUUUUAAACCCGAAGAUUUGCCAAGGUACAGUAUUCUACUUGACAAUUUCUUCCUAGUGAAAACACCAGAUGAGAACUAGCAAAACGAAUGAGACAUGGCAACUGAAACUUGACAGAGAGCAACACUUCUAAAAUGCCCAUAGUGUUUCCCUACUAGUCCGAAGAAAUAGAGGGAGGGCUAGAUCUUGUACCUGUCCUUAUAAAAAGCAGAUUGGAAUUGAAGCAUCUCUUUAGGACCUCAUUUCUGUUAUGACAUUGCUUGGGCUGCAGAUAUGUAACACUUCCUGGCUGUAGUUGGAAAUAGGGCUCCUAUAUAAUAGGCAACCAUUUAUUUAUUUAUGAAUGAAUGAAUGAAUGAAUGAAUAUUCCAAUCAUUUUAGGAUUUCCUUUAGAACUCCCCUAAUAGGUAGUAUUCAGAAAUGAGCUGCGAUUGACUCUUAAUAAUGUAGAAGCUCAAGACUAGUCAGGUAUAAAGUAAUAAAAUACUUGUUUUUCUAAUCUCUCACAACAAGUUUUAUAUGUGGUUAGUUCAUUUUAGCCACACUUCAUUGGUACACAGUAAAAGGGAAUGAAGUGACAAAUCAGUUUCAUCUAUAUGCCUUAGUAAACCCAAACAUAUCUCACCCACUCCUUGGCUUCUGUUAUAAUGGAGCUGGCCAGGACUCCUGGUCAGUGGGCUGGUAUGCAUCCCAACUUUCUACUCUCUUGUUUCUUUUUCAAAAGCUACCAGUCUAAGUCCAGCUGACUUAUGGACCAUCUGCUAUCUUGGAAUAAGCAUCCUUGGUAUAAAUAGGAGUCGUAUUACAUAUAACUUUGUGGCUAGAAAAGCCCUUGUAAGGGAUUGUAGCAUGUUUCAGUCUUUUGUGGAACAUAAUACAAUAUCCCUGUUACACAAUUAUUUAACCUAUUAUAGCCUUAACCCCAUAGCUGCUUCUCUCUUUUCCCCCCCAAUCAGGUUCCACGGGUUGAAUGAACGAAUAUCUAUUGAAGGUUAUGAAAAGCAAGUGCAAUUUAUCUUCCAACUGAUUCAAAAUUCUGAUAUCAGCCAAUCCACAGAGCCACAUGCAAACCAUGAAUUGUAAAAACAAAAUAGGAAGGCUUCUGUGAACAUUACUAGGAAUCAGAAUUGCACAAAAACGCUACAUUCCAUCUUGCUGUCAGUUUUGGAACAUAGCAUACAAAUUUUAAGUCGCAAAACUAUUGUACCGCACUCCAAGCAGUUGUGAAAUAUAAAAGCAAGCAUAGAACAAAUCACUUUGGAUCAAAAUGAACAUAUCGAACUUAUGCUAUGUUGUAUUCAGUAGUGGGCUGUGUGGGUGGUACUGUGUUGCUUCCCCAGCUUCCCAACAGCAUGGGGCACUGCCGCUUACCAAGAGGAAGAGGGACGCAGCACAUGGUGGCAGGAGUGUCAGAUUGGCUUAGCUGCCGCACACCAGUCUCUCCGUGCCUCAACCCCUUUUCCAUGCCGUUGGGAAGCCAGGAGAGCAAUGCAGCCUCACUGUUGCCACCCGCAGGCUGCUACUGCAGGUAUUGGAGCCCAGAAAAUAUUAUUGCUGUAUAAAGUUUACAUCCUAAAGAUUAUUGCACUGUUCCCUUAAAUGCAAGGUAUAGCAUUUCUCAGUAAAGAGGGCAAAAUAUUCCUGCAUCGCAGGGGGUUGGACUAGAUCAUCCUAAUGGUCCCUUCCAACUCUACAAUUCUGCAAUUCUAAGUGGGUUAUCAAUCUUGAGAGAUUCUCUGGAGAGAUUCUUUUACAGAGGAAUAUUGUGCUACUAUUCCUGUCAAUCCCUGCCUGCCUGUCCCUUGCUUCUGUGAAAAAGGAAUCACUUUAAUCCUACCCUUUCCAAAUACCAUUGCCUUUAUAUCUUUUUUUUCUUCCAUUCCCCUAAAUCAGGCAUAGGCAACCUUGGCCCUCCAGAUGUUUUUGGGCCUACAACUCCCAUGAUCCCUAGCUAACAGGACCAUUGGUCAGGGAUGAUGGGAAUUGUAGUCCCAAAACAUCUGGAGGGCCGAGGUUGCCUAUGCCUGCCCUAAAUGGCAGCUGUGGGGCAGGGGGCUAUGAUCCAGAGUGCAGUGAAGGAGUUAAUUUACCAUUCCUCUACACAAUGGUGUUCCAAACAUUUGGGUCUGGGGAAAGGUGGGGGGACGGACGACGACCAGUUAGCUAAAGAGUGUUAGAAGUCUAGAAGCAGAGUUGCUGUUCCACUUCCAGCUUAAAACAGAACAGCAAUGAUUGUGUGCUACCAAGUUCUCCCAGCCUGGAAUCACCCUUAGAGAGAUGUAUUUCACUGGAUUCAAGUUCUUUUAUUCUACUCAGAGCCUGAUUUACAUGCCUCUUCAUUUUCACUUCUGAAAUGCAUUGUUUUCUGGAUGUCCUAUCAAUUCUCUCUUCCUUCAGUGGGUGUACACUUGACAGGAAGAAGAUUAAUUUGAAUCCUGAUAGGAGCCAGGGAUCUUGUGUCUUUGCUGCUACUCUCAUCUAUAGUCCCCACGAGAGAUGUUGCAAUAGGACAGUCCCUAGUGCUGCUUUUCAUUUUUUCUCGAAACUUGUCACUUUAAAUUUGAUUACAUAAUUGCUCAGAAAAAGAGAACUUGAUUCAUCUGCUCCUGUAUAGAAGAUUAAAUGUGCUGUUUAUGUAAAGUAAUAUACAGGUUAUGGAAAGAAAGAAAGAAAGAAAGAAAGAACUUGUCUUAAAUGCUUAAAUUCCUCAGGGAUGUUUACAUGCAAAUUUUAAGGGUCUGAUUUAUAACAGUAUUCUUCCCUAGUCUUUCUGGAAUAAAAUGUGACUCAGUGAAGCCUAUACAACUAGAAAUGGCGAUAACACUGGAUUAUUACACUGUGAUCUGGUUUACCCAUAACACUAAGCCAUGGUUUAUUUAACCAUAAAUUGUCCCACAGAUGAUUAAACAAGCCAUGGCUGUUUCAUGAGUUUGAACUGUUUUCCAGUUACUCUUGCCUUGUGCCUUUGUAGUGGGAUAAACAUUUGAGGGUGAUGGUUAGAAAAAAACAAACCCAUGGUUCUAGGAAGUGCUGGGUUCAUACAUAUGAUCACUCCACAGUUUAACAAACCAAGAUUUAUAAGCUAAUAACAAACCGUGGUUUAAGAUUUUGCCUUUGUUAGCAGUAAACAAAUUAUAAUUAAGCCCCUGGGCAGAAUUUUUACAUAACACUCAGCCAUGGUUUAACAAAAAAAUAAAUGUUUAGUGUUAUGUGUGAGCUAGGCCUGUGAUUUUUAUGAACUUCUUAACAAUUAUGUAUGGAUUUGCACUGUAGCUAUAUCUGGAUGUGAUAAUAACUAAGACUUGAUACAGGUUUUUCUUAUGAAAACAAUAAAAAAGGACUACGAUGUGUGUGAUC